AGAGCGCUGGGAGCGAGAGAAAAUAGGAGAGGAGCGAGAGAGAGAGAGAUAGAGAGAGAGAGAGAGAGUGUGCUGGGAGCGAGAGAACAGACAAGAGGAGCGAGAGAGAGAGAGCGCGCUGGGAGCGAGAGAAAAGAGGAGAGGAUUCCGUUCUCCCGUGGCGUUUGACGGGGUUUCUAUGGAAGGAUGGAAGUGUGUGGCGUGUUUGUAGCUUUGCUAGCUAGCGUUCUUCUCAGAGAUGUGUGUUCAGCCAUCAACGUGACGGUGGUGCCGUCUCCCGUGGCGAUGGCGGCGGAGGGUUCCAACGUGACGCUGACGUGCCGCGUGGGCCAGCGGCGGCGCUCCGGCAGCCUGCCCGUGGUGCGGUGGAUGUUCGUGCCGGAGCACGGCGGCGAGGAGAUACUGGUGGCGCGCGUCAACAUGCGUCGGGCCAAGUUCUACGGCAACUACACCAAGAGUUUUAGCGCCCCCAAGCUGCGGCUGACGGUAGUGAAGCAGGGCCACACCUACGAGCUGCUGCUGCUGGACGCGGCCCCCGGGGACUGCGGAACAUACACCUGCCGGGCCCAGGAGUUCCGCACUCACAAGGGCCGCUGGAAGGCCUCAACAAACAGCUCCGCCUCUACAGAACUCAAAGUGCACAUCCACCCAGCCAGUGGCCCCAGAGAUCCUGUGUGGAGUCUAUUUGAAGAUGUAUAUCUGUGUGCGGUGCUCAUCUGCUCCGUGGGGUUGGUGUGUGUGUGCAUGUUCACCAUCGUUGUCUGCUGUCAGUUUCUACAGAGGAAGAGGAGACUAAAAGAGAACUAUCAUCUAGUCAAGAGUCCCCAGAACAGCUCUGGGGAGACGGUCACCAGUGUGGUCAGUCUGUCACCUGCUCUGCCUAAGAAGGAGAGAAAGUACAAGAACAGAAAAUUCACAGACCAGCAGGACACACCACCAGAGAUACCUGCCAAAGCUCCCAUCGGGGAGAAGAUGCGGAAACCCAAACUCAUAAAAGUUCCUCCCAGGAACCUACUCCUGCCUAAGAUAGUGGAGGAGUCCCUCACGUAUGCGGAGCUGGAGCUGGUGAAGCCGCCGCCACGCCCGAGCCGCUGCACAUCCACCCAGCCAGUGGCCCCAGAGAUCCUGUGUGGAGUCUAUUUGAAGUACAGUAUACCACACUAG